UUUUUUUUUUUUAAUAACUUCGUGUACAACGUUCAAAGUCCAAACUUUGGCUACCCACACACAACUGUUAAGUAGUGAAAACGGUGACAUUAUCUAGCUGCAUGAUACAGUCGAUCAUUACGUAAAAAUACAUCAUUAGUAACUGUGCGAUGUAAUCAAGUGGGUGCAAAACAAUGCACUGCRGUCGUACUCGUCUGUACUUCUAAAUAAAUGUCUAUAAUAUCAUAUUAAUAUUCCUGUGCAUAUAGACGACCGAGACGUAGUGCACAUCGCCAAUGAUCGUCAUCCAAUGAUGGACAUCGAUCCUAUUAUAGUGUCCACGAGCUUAGAAGCUCUAAUCGUUUACAUUUGUAUAAAAGCGCUGUGUAAGAAAAAUAGUACCUAUUUUGCCUUAACAAAGGGAACAAACAAAUUUAAUGAAAAGGAAACAAAACUUGUAGAAAUACUAGAAAAUUUUGAAAUUUAUCAUGUAUAUUCWUAUGAAGAGCCUAAUUUAUGUUUGUGUACAAUCUCUAAACAUAAAUUAAAUCAAAAACCAUAAAAAUAGCUCGACCAGUUUGAUGCAGUUGAAAAAAUUAUCUAAAAAGAGCAACUAAAAAUAGCAACGAAAAAAUUGACAGUGCUGCAAUGAUUGCGUUUAGUGGAUUUGUACAGAGAGAUCCAGAUUGUGCACCAUUAGCUGCAAAGUGUAUUUUAGCUAAAAUUCAUUCAAUGCAAGAAUGGGAAGCCUUACAAGCCCUUCAUUUAUUAGACAUAUGUAUGCAGACUGGUAGUGCCAGUUUUCAAGCUGAAGUUGGAAAAUUCCGUUUCCUUAAUGAACUUAUACGUUUAGUAUCUCCCAACUGCAAUGGAAUUCAUACACCAGAAUUAAUAAAAAACAAAAUAAUUGAACUCCUUGGAUUAUGGUCAUCACAAUUCCCCAAAGAAAUAAAGAUACAAGAUGCCUUAGACAUGUUAAAAAAACAAGGUGUAAUAAAGGAUUUUUUAUUUGAAAAUAUGCCAUCAAGAGUAGCCUCUGCUUCUAAAUUAGAUUCUAAUAAAGUUUCAAUUUUGAAUGGAGAAAAAUCAUUAUUGCUGCAAAAGUUGCUUAAAAGUAAAAAAUCAGAAGAUCUCAAAGCUGCAAACGAAUUAAUUAAAUCUAUGGUUGAAGAGGAAGAACAGAAAGCAGAAAGAAUUAGUAGUAUGUUGGUUGAUAUUGAAAUAACUUCAAAUAAUGUUAAAUUGCUAUCAGAAAUGCUCAAAUCAUAUUGUGAUGGUUCUGGUUCGUUAAAUGAUUUAGAACUUAUUAAAGAAUUAUAUACUACUGUAAAACAACUGGAACCAAAAGUUCAAACAAUGUUAUCACUAGAAAUUCCAGAAAAUGAGGAUACUGUUAGAAAAAUAAUUAAACUUAAUUAUGAAGUAAAAGAAACAUUAAAAAUAUAUAAUGAAGUUUUAGAUAAUCUCAACCAUGAAAAACCAACCAAUCAAGAAAAUGAUGAAAAUUUGUUAGACCUUAGCAUAUCAUCUGCUUCUCCUGGGAAAAAAUACUUUUUAAGUGAAUCUAAUUGUGAAAGGAAUAAUUUUUCAAAUAAUGGAUCAGUGAAUAUUAAUGAACUAGAUGAUUUUUUGCAAAUGUCACAUCCUUUAAAAGAAUUUAAUCCUCCGCAGCCUGAAGUUGUAAAUCCUCAAAAACCUGAAAAAAUUAAGGACAGUGUGUUAAAUGUAGACCUAUUUGAAGAACUAAAUAUUCUUGGAAAAGUUAUUUUGAAUAAACCUAAUGAAACUAAAACAGUUGAAAAACCAUUUAAUUUGACAGACCCAGAAUUAAGUUCAGAUGAUAUUAAAAACAAUGGUCUAUCAGAAGAACCAUUUUUAGGCACACAAGAUUCAGUGUUAUUUGAACCAAAAAACUAUAGUCUUCAGAUAAAGCCUCUUGGAGAUAUUAAUAUUGAACUUGAAAACAUUAUUCCAUAUCCUGACUCCGUCAUUGUGAGCUUAUUUGAUAAGAAUGGUAUUAGUACAGAACUACAUUUAGCAACAAAUAAACCAAGAGAAGAUGUUACCGUUUUUGUUGUUACAACAAGAAGCAAAUGUAAACUACCAAUAUUUAAUUUUUCAUUCCAACCGGUUGUUCCAAAAGACUGUAGGUUACGUAUAUUACCGCAAUCAAGAACCAGUCUUCCUAUUUAUAAUGCAUUUUUACCGCAAGAAACUAUUGUGCAAAUCAUACUAGUUGCAACUCUAAAUAAAGAAAUUAUACCUUUGAAAUAUGUAAUAAGUUAUACAAUGGAUGGUGAAAUGUUUACUGAAUUUGGUGAAACUGAACAGCUCUGCAUAAACUAAGGUUAUGAAUAUUCUGAUCUCACAAAACUUAUUUCAAAAAGAUACCUAGUAUAUGUUUUGAUUUAAUUUCCAUACAAUUUAAUUUAUAUUAUAAUCAAACUAU